AUGGCGUACGAGAAGGCGCACGCGUGCGACAUCUGCGGCCGGACGUACGCCCACCGCGUCUCGAUGACGCUCCACCGCAAGGUGCACGAGGGCGUGACGCGCUGCACGCUCUGCGGCCGGGUGUGCAGCAAGGUUGCGCACCUGCGCACCCACCUGCACCGGGUGCACAAGCUAAGCGGGCCCGAGGUUCGCCGCCUCGUUCCCACGCGGCCCCGCAGCGUCCCCUACCAGGAUGACAUCAUGUUCGGUGGCAGCGUCUGCUCGGUCUGCGGCCGGCGCUUCCAGCACGAGCUGUCGCUGCUGCACCACAUGAAGAUCCACCAGGGCCUGACGGUGUGCCUGCUCUGCGGUCGUGUCAACAACCGGGUGGCCGACCUGCGGAAGCACCUACGGCUCGUGCAUCGGCUCUCGGAGCAGGAAGUGCGCGACCUCGUGCCGAGCUUGCGGCAACGGACCCCGCAGCGACCCGAUGGCACCCAGCCCGCCUGCGGCGACGUCUGA